AUGGCACAGCCUUCUGGGCGCAGCCUCCUGAUCAGCCUCCUGGGCAUCUUUGCCCUUGACAGCUUUGCAGGUGCUCAGAGGAACCGCACACUCAUUUUCACAAAGGACAGCGCCAUUCGGAACUGCAGCUGCUCUGCAGACAUUCGGGACUGUGACUACGGCUUGGCCAACCUGCUGUGCAGCUGCAGGACAGUCCUGCCGUCCGCUGUGGAGGGCGCCAGCUACAGCGGCCACCUCACCAUCUGGUUCACCGACACGUCCGCCCUGAGCCUCCUGUUGAACUUCACGCUGGUCCAGGACCUAAAGCUUUCCCUGUGCAGCUCUAACACUCUCCCCACAGAAUACCUGGCUAUCUGUGGGCUCAAGAGGCUCCGGAUCAAGGCAGAGGCCAAGCGCCCGGCGCCAGAGCAGAGCUUGCUCCUUCACGAUGGUGGAGACAGUGACUCCGGAGAGAAGCCCCUGUGGUUAUCUGAAGGCUGGCACACGUGUAUGUAUAUCUCAUUCCUAGACAUGGCGCUUUUCAACAGAGAAUCAUCCUUAAAGUCAUAUAGUACUGCGAAUGUUGCCAGCAUCGCCAACAAUUUCCCCCACUUUUCUUUCUUUAAAACCUUCCCAGUUCCAAGCAACCAAAGCUAUGUUGUCACAUUCAUUUACUAACACCGCCAGGAACUUUGCAAACUA